CAUGGUGGCAGUAAAGCCACGCCGCGUGGUAAAACAAGUCUGAAGUAGUUUCAAGGAAUGUGCCCAGAAAGUAAACAGUUGGUAGCUGCUGCUGUUAGCUUACGUCCAUCUACGGGGGAAUUAGAUGGUUUCAUGUGAUUUUCCUCGAACUGAUGUGGCAUUAUUUUAAGUUUUUCUGUUGCGUCCAUUAUUCCCUGUGUUCAUUUCACAGUUCUUUUGUCGUUUUACUGCAUACACGGUGAGUGUUUUGGUCCGUAAAGCGGCUUUCCAGGUACAGUUAGCUGUGAUGAUGAAUCAGAUAUGUUUGAGAAUGACAAAAUAGAGGAGAAACGUGUGAACAGCUGCCGAAGUGCCUGCAAACGAGAAGAAAACGAAGCACUUCCGUGUCAGGGUGUCCUCUCUGUCGUUCCGCUUGCAGAUUUGUAUCACCAUGACCAAAGACAUCGUUGUUGGAGAUGAAUUGCCAGACUGGGUAGGUGCCAAAGAGUUCUACCAGAAAUAUGACCCAAAAGAGGUGAUUGGAAGGGGUGUAAGCAGUGUGGUGCGCCGUUGUGUGCACAAACACACUGGGCAGGAGUUGGCAGUGAAGAUUAUUGAGAUCACAGCAGAGAAGAUGACCACUCAGCAGUUGCAGGAGGUGAAAAUCUCCACACUUAAAGAAAUUCAAGUCCUCAACAUGGUGAAGGGACACUCCUCAAUCAUUACCCUCAUUGAUUCCUAUGAGUCUACAACUUUCAUAUUUUUGGUGUUUGACCUCAUGAGGCGUGGAGAGCUGUUUGACUACCUCACAGAAAAAGUUACUCUGAGUGAAAAAGAAGCUAGGAGUAUAAUGCGAGCUUUGCUGGAAGCGGUGCAAUACCUUCACUCCCUGAAUAUCGUUCACCGGGACCUGAAGCCUGAGAACAUUCUCCUGGAUGAUCAAGGGCAUAUCAAACUGUCUGACUUUGGCUUCUCAGUGCAGCUACAGCCCGGGGAGAAGCUCAGAGAACUCUGUGGUACUCCUGGUUACCUGGCCCCGGAAAUACUAAAAUGUUCCAUGGAUGAAAUGCACCCAGGCUACGGCAAGGAGGUUGAUCUGUGGGCGUGCGGCGUGAUCCUUUUCACCUUACUGGCCGGUUCACCGCCAUUCUGGCAUCGCAAACAGAUGCUGAUGCUGAGAAUGAUAAUGGAGGGGCACUAUCAGUUCAGCUCUCCGGAGUGGGACGACAGGUCGGACACUGUAAAGGAUCUAGUUGGUCCAGCAGUUCUCUUUUCAGUGUAUACUUUUGAUUUUGGGGUUGAUUUACUCCCAACAUAUGGAAUAAUUUCAUCUGACUCAAAGAUAUCCAGGCUGCUGGUACUCGAUCCAGCUCUCCGUCUGACUGCAGAACAAGCGUUAUCACAUUCCUUCUUCAGACAGUACCAGAAGGAGGACGUACGACUCUUCAGUCCCAGAAAGACAUUUCGAGUGUUGAUCAUCUCUGUGCUAGCGUGUAUCAGGAUGUACAGCCGUUAUCGCAAAGCUCGGCCACUGACUCGGGAGGUGCUGGGCAGAGAUCCUUACUCUGUUCGCGGCAUCCGCAAACUCAUCGACGGAUGUGCUUUCCGCAUCUACGGACACUGGGUGAAGAAAGGCGAGCAGCAGAACAGAGCCGCCCUCUUUCAAAACACAGCUAAGAUUGUGCUACUGGACCUGGAGGACUUUGACACUUAAAAACCUCAUGCCUAACCAUGUGGAUUUGUUGUUUAUAUAUUACCAUUUGCAUGUACUGUUGUGUCAGCGCAUGCCUUAUCAAGUUACUGUGUUUAAUUUUACAAUGAGGAAUUCAGGGACCUGGACUUUCUUAUUCCUUACUGUGCAUCCCUUCUUUGCAGUUUAAGUUCAGGCAUGCUCAGUAGAAUUUUUUAUUAUUAUUAUAAUACUCUGAAGUUUUUCCUGAUGGAAACACCACAAAGUCAAGUCAGAGGGUUUGCAGAACAAAGCUAUUUGUGAUGCCACUUUGCAGAAUAGUACACAUUACACAGUGUCCUGAUUAAACACAUAACAAGAAGGUGCAUUGCAUACUGUAUAUUAGGAAUUUUAACCUUUUGAUCAUCAGUUAUGACUGAGGAAAGUGUUUCUAAUCACUGUGUGGUUAAAGCUGAUUUUUAAAGCACUGUGAUUGGUUAUUUAAUAAUCAUACACCUAUUGCAUAAAGGCUGUUUUACAAAUAUGCCACUGCAAACAAAGUACUAUGAAGCGAUAUAUGAGGACCUUUUGAAAUAUUUAUGUUCUGUACAGUAUUUUAGUUCUUUUUAGAAAAAAAAUACUUUAGCUGUCAUGCACAGAGCCUUUCCUCAAUAAACCCACUUAGUGUAACUGUGAAGUCUGACUGUAUCUAACACAAAUAUUCUAUUUAAUAAAAGAAUCAUGUAU